AUGAACAGCAACGACCCUCUCAGUCGCAAGGCAAAUGGCAAGCCUCUCGUGAACCGCAAAAGUGCUAGUAGGCAGAAGCGAGGCGUCCUAACAUUGACCUUCGGGGCCGUUGCAAGGUACAUCUAUCUCGUCACGACGCCGCCAUUUCACUCUGAUAGCAAGAUCAUAGCUAAUUGCCAACUCCCUAGGCUGGCAACAUGGGUUGUCAUCUUCUCCAUCCUCUUCCGAUGCCCCUCAUCGCUUGAGGCGUGCGAUGAAACCGCCCCGCGAGUCUGUAAACCUUACUUCCGUAUUAAGGGCGCCGUAUUAUCCCAUAUCCUGCCCUACUGCCUUGGAUACCUACCGACUCGGACAGCAAAGGAUGUGUACCUUUUCAAUAUCUCGCAGCUUGUCUUUUUAACGGCCGCGAUUAUUUUUGCCCACCUCUGGCUACGGCGCCGACCCUCGACUACACGGACGUCACAUCAACAUGAUCAUGCCUCUGAGAGGCCACCGCCGGCUACGGAGGAGAGCCCUCGAAAUCGAGCACCGUUCGAAGUUCUCUACCCUGAUCCAGACAAAGACACUACGCCGGCCGAGGUAGACAUCAUCGCUGUGCACGGUUUCGGCUCGAGUGUCGACUGGUCAUGGAACUGGCGAGAUAAGACCUCGCCUGGAACGUUGGUGAAUUGGCUGAAAGACCCAUGCAUGCUCCCAGAAGUAGUACCCAAAUCAAGGAUCAUGGUCUAUAACUACCAGUCAAGAUGGGGCGCCAAUGGUCUAAGGAUCAAGCUCCAACUUUCUGGGGAGGAUCUCGUCCGCAGUUUGCACGCUUUUCGCAAAGGGCUGCAGAACCGUCCAGUAGUCUUUGUUGGACAUAGCCUCGGCGGCCUCGUGAUCCAGCAUGCUCUCUUAUACGCAGAACGUGAAGAUCAAUUUCGGUAUCUUCCUAGAUGCACCGAUGGGUUUAUAGCGCUUGGAUCGCCCUUUCAAGGCAUCAGGAUGCCAGGAGUACGUAAUUUCGUGUCGAGGCUGAUGUUGCUAGUUGACUCUCUUCGCGGCCUGCUGGAUACCUUGGGUUACGAUGACCAAAUUUUAAAAAAUAAACUGAAAGAGUUCUGCGAGCUGCAGAAAUCUAGGUCGAUUCCGAUAUGUUGCUUCUUUGAAGCUCACGAUACGGACUAUGGAUCGCGGCUGGGGCUGCCGGGACUCCUUCACGGAAUGGUUGUCACGAAAGAAUCCGCCUGUGUCCCCGGCUGGAAGUGUACGCAGGUUGAGACAGAUCAUCUAAACCUCAUCAAAUUUUCCGGCCCGUGUGACCAGUCUUUCUUGCGUGUUUCUAAGCAGAUCUUGAAGAUGUGCAGCGCAUCGACGAGCGGGACUGACGAUCGGACGAAGAUCGCGCCAAAUUCUGUCAAGCCCCUCUCUCAGAGGGGAAUUUUGCCAUCCAGAUUCAGAAUAAGCCACAUGUCAGACUGGACAAGAGGUUUUACCAACCAUCUCGACUUUCUUCCGUCGUCCUAUUUACUGAGUCCAGAAAUAUACGAGACUCAAAUAGAUGAGAGCUCGCUGGAUCUUGUUGAAGGUCAUUCUCGUGUUUUUCCGGACCCUGAGGCACCUUCAACGCAACAAAACCCGCCUAGGGAUGAGAGCGUCCCACGGCCUGCUGGAAAGCCAAUCCAGAUUUUGCAUGAUGAUAGUAAUGCAAAUAUUGACAUUGUAGCCGUGCAUGGGCUUGCUGCAAACCCGGAUUAUGCUUGGGUUUGGCAACCAAAGAAUAACCCUCCAGGUUGCCCCGGGUAUCCAACGAAGCAUUUUAACUGGUUGGGGGAGUUGCUGCCCCUUGAGUUGUCGUCGAAACAAGUAUCCUGCCGGGUUAUGACCUUCAACUACGAUUCGAAAUGGUUCAUGAACGCCCCACAGCAAAGGCUGUCUAAUAUCUCGGACAAAUUGCUAGCCAGUCUCCGGAACAUGCGCGAUAAGGUUACUGGCAGACCGUUGAUCUUCAUCGGUCACAGCUUUGGGGGCAAUAUUAUUGAACAGGCGAUCGUCUCCGCUUCCCGACAUUCCGACUUCGCUGAGAUCGGCGAAUCUACUGUCGGCGUAGUAUUCUUGGGUACACCUCAUCGAGGGUGCGCCGCCGCAUCCUGGGGUGCGAUGAUUACAUCGCUCGCACCGCCUCAGUUUGAUUGUGAAGAUAGGAUCUUGAAAGACCUAGAAGAGAACUCGAGUGCAUUAGCAGAUCGUCUGCAUGACUUUUCUCGCUGGCUUUUUGUCGAGUCGGUGCCUGUUGUCUGCUUUUUCGAACAGCUCGUGACAGACUUGGCGUCCAGGUUAGGACCUGUAAGAAGGUUAAUGUCGUGGCGUGAACUCAUCGUACCGGAGAAAACCGCCUGCAUCGAUGGCCAUCACAAGAUAUCUCUAGAAGCAGACCAUUUCAAGAUUAACAAAUUCUACGGCCCCAACGACCCCUCCUUUAAGCUUGUCUACCCUGAGAUCGAACGAAUGGCUCGAGGUGCUCAAGGCAUGCUUAAACACCGCCGGCAUCCGAAAGCUAUUCCAAAAGAUGAAGGCGCUACGUCUGGUGAUCUCCGAGCAUGCCUGCAGGAGAUGAGAGUGACGAAUCCAUUAGACAUUCUGUCGGACAUACGGAGUCAGAAAGGGACAAGAAUAGGGCAUACCUGCGAGUGGAUACUGAAACGAGAAGAAUUCUCCGCAUGGGGAGCCAACGAUAACUCGCGGCUUCUUUGCCUUAUUGGCUCCCCUGGCAUUGGAAAGACGAUGAUGUCCACCUUUCUCAUAGAGACCCUCCAGGGGAAAAUCGAGAAAUCUCCUGGUAAAACAAUUGCAUACUUCCUCUUUGACGACAAGAACCAAGAGCGGAGAACGCCCACGGCAAUGCUUCGAAGCCUUAUCUGGCAGCUGCUACUGCAAAGGAACGAGCUCUUCCAACAUAUCCAACCAGACUUUAAGAAACAUAAGAACAGUCAUCUAUAUGAGUGCCUCUUUGAGAACCUUUCUGCUCUGUGGCGAAUAUUCAAAGAAAUGCUACAGGAUAAGGAUACUGGUGAGAUAUUUAUCCUCAUAGAUGGCUUGGACCAGUGCGACAGAUCCGGUCGCCAGGUGCUCCUUCGUCGUAUAGCGGAACUCUUCCAAGAAUCACCAAAAUCAGCAGGCAACUUGAAGUUUCUUGUAACCUGCCGACCUGAAGUAGGCGAUACUAAGUACAUGCUAGGCGGAAUCGGUGUGUCUUUGAGGAUGGGUUCUACCGAAGUCAGGGAAGAUCUUACCGACUUCAUAAAUUUCAAAGUCGAGGAGCUCAGCAGGAGAAAUAAGUACGGCUCAAGUCUGCGAACAGAGGUCAGAGAGGCUCUGUUAAAUCAAGCUGAAGGUACCUUCCUCUGGGUGUCUUUGGUAAUCGAUGAGCUCGAAAGUACACCAAAGUAUGAGGUCGCGAGUAAGCUUUAUGAUCUUCCCAAGGGACUCGAUGGCAUAUAUACGAGGAUGUUGGGCAACAUUCCGGAAGAAAGGCAAAACGAUGUGAAAUUUCUGCUAUCAAGCAUGGUCGCUGCGCGGCGGCCUCUGACAAAAAAAGAACUGGCGGCCUCGUUCGCAUUUUGGAAGACCAGUUUAGUAGUGGGCGAUCAGGAUCUCCAUGAUUUCAUGGAUAUAUUUUCUUUAUGCAGCUCUAUUAUUUGUUUUGACGUUAUGGGCAACAACAACGAGUCUGCAACUAACUUCUGCCACCAAUCUGCCAGAGAUUUCCUACUGAACGACCAAGGUGGUUCUAGCAGAACAUGGUAUCAUAUGUCCCUGGAUUCCGCGAAUCUUCUCAUGUUCCAGAUAUGCUGGCGAUAUCUUAGUGACUUAUUCCCCAAUGACAGUUUGGUCACACGCUGCUGGAAUGAGAUUCCUACCGAAGAAAGGAGGCAGGAGCUGCUAUCUCACCUUCGCCGGCACUGCUUCUUCUCAUAUGCAUUUAGCGAGUGGGAAGAUCAUGCGAUAGCAAGUUAUCCUGCCAUACAAAAUGAAUUGCCUGUAGACAUAGUCAGGGCGCCGAUAUUACGCGAUAUUUGGUUACUACGGAUGGCUAGAGAAGGACACGGGCACGACGUGGUUAUCAAGAUGCUGCUCACUAGUGACGGUGUCUAUGUGAAUCCGAAAGACAAGGAUGGUCGGACGCCCCUGUCGUGGGCGGCAGGGAAUGGGCACGAGUCAAUCGUCAAGAUGCUGCUCACCACCAACGAGGUAAAUAUAAAUUCGAAAGAUAGCGAUGGUCAUACGCCGCUGUGGUGGGCUGCUGUGAACGGGCACGAGGCCAUUGCCAAGCUGCUGCGCGUGGCAGAAACUGGGUGUUUGGACUUGAUAAAUGAGGAGCAUGGUCGGACCCCAGCAGCGUCGCCUGAGGAAUACUGGGGUUCGCUUGUUACACCUGAAAAGACCCCAUCGUCUACCUUUGCCAACCUCAUUUGCGCCAUCUUUAAUCAUUUCAGCCAUACAACUGCCGACAUGCUCCAACCUCACGAGCUCUGCGAAUUCAUGCAUGCGGCAGGCUGGUCACCACAAGAAUUCCCACCAAUUCAAGUGCUUCUGAGUGGGCAUCCUGCCCCAUGGAAUGCUCUACACCAAUGCGACGCCUUUAUCACGAGUUGUUACAGGUUUUUUCCAUUGGAUCACCAGAUGGGGACGCGUGAUCUUGGCGUAUCACCUACUAUUUAG